GGCAGAAACAUGCAGAGGAAGGAGGGAGGUGCACAAACGACGUCGUUUCAAGAUCUUAAAACGACGCCGUUGCGAGAUCUUCCUUCUGGAACUGAGAACAGCCGGAUGGAAUUGGUAGGAGAAUCAGAAGAAUCAGGCGGCGGCAGCGGCGGUGAUGGCCGGUCUGUGGUGGUUGUGGGAGUGAAGCUGGAUCAGCGGAGUAAAGAGUUGCUGACGUGGGCUCUUGUCAAGGUGGCGCAGUCCGGCGAUCGAGUCGUCGCCGUUCAUGUGCUCACCGACGCAGCUGCUGUCACUAUGACUGGGGGGAAAUCGUCCCUUCUCUCUCUUUUCGAUACAUUUAAAACCCUUCUCGCUGCAUACGAAGGUUUCUGCAACUUGAAACAGGUUGAACUUAAGCUUAAGGUGUGUAGAGGGUCAUCAGUUCCAAAAAUUCUAGUCCGGGAAGCAAAAUCGCAUGCCAAUGUGAAGGUUAUCGUGGGAAUUUCUAGGACUAAUCACACAAUCUGGCGGUCCCCAGCAUGGGUUGCUAAGUAUUGUGCGAGAAAACUAUCUAGUAAUUUCCCGGUUUUUGCUGUUGACAACGGGAAAAUUGUUUUCCAGAGAAGAGCAACUGCCAAGACUACCGAUUAUUCUCGAGUGGUAGUGUUGAAUCAAGAUAGUGGAUCUUACUUACAGAAGGCCCGUUCGCUUUGUGGGAGGAAUACCCUCAUAAGGAGUUUCUUGAGUUGUUCGCCCUACUCAGUGUUGCCAGAAAAGGAUUGUAGCCAAGUAAUGGAAGAGUUGUCUGAUGAGGAUGAGAGCAUUGAAGACAAUUCAUUUGCUUUGGUUCCAAUUGAUCCAAUGGAGUCUGUUUCAUGUUCAAAUUCUGUUGUGGUGCAUGACUUUCCUGAGUUAAAACCUGUGAGGCUGAGCCUUCGCCGGAUAUUUUUACGAAACCGGCAAUCCUCAGAGAAAUCUUCUUUAAGAAAGAUGCCUUUAUCUCAAUGGGUACUGAGAUUACCUAGCUGCCAUAAUUCGGCAGUGGUCUAUCCUGAUAAAAAACAUAGCAGCUCCGAUUCUGAUCAGGAUGAAGAUCAUAGUGCCAACUUGGAUGGGGAGAAAGGUGCAAUUUUGCUGCUUGGGUCUGAUGCGGGCUUUACUCCUGAGUUGCCUAAUGGAUCCGCAAAGAGCCUUCCUAAAGAGUUGGAGGGUCUUCAUGAAAAGUAUUCAUCCACCUGUAGAUUGUUUACCUACCAGGAACUUUUGUUGGCAACGUCUAACUUCAGGCCAGAAAACAUGGUUGGAAAAGGUGGCAAUAGUCAGGUGUAUAAAGGUUGUCUUCCAGAUGACAGGGAACUGGCAGUAAAAAUUUUGAAGCAAUCUGGGGAUGUGUUGAAGGAGUUUGUGCUGGAAAUUGAAAUCAUUACUACUUUACAUCACAAGAACAUAAUCUCUCUGUUUGGGUUUUGCUUUGAGGACAACAAUCUACUCUUGGUUUAUGACUUUCUAUCAAGAGGAAGCCUAGAAGAGAACCUUCAUGGAAAGAAGAAGGAUCCAAUGACAUUUGGUUGGGGAGAGAGAUAUAGGGUGGCUCUAGGUGUAGCUGAGGCACUGGACUAUCUACACAAUGGCUGUGGUCAACCUGUGAUCCACAGGGAUGUCAAAUCUUCAAAUAUCCUUCUCUCAGAUGAUUUUGAGCCACAGCUGUCAGAUUUUGGACUUGCGGCAUGGGCUAAUACUGCUUCCCAUAAAAAUUGCCCUGAUGUUGCGGGAACUUUUGGAUACUUGGCUCCAGAAUACUUCAUGUAUGGGAAGGUGAAUGACAAAAUUGAUGUCUAUGCGUUUGGUGUUGUACUCCUUGAGCUUCUUUCAGGUAGAAAGCCAAUUAGCUCAGAAUAUCCAAAGGGCCAGGAGAGCCUAGUUAUGUGGGCAAAGCCAAUUUUAAGAAGCGGGAAGAUUUCCAAGUUGUUAGAUCCAGAUUUGGACAGUAACUAUGAUGAUCCGCAGAUUGAGAGAAUGGUUUUGGCUGCUACACUUUGCCUCCGACGUGCACCUAGAUUUCGGCCUCAAAUUGGUCUCGUUUUGAAGCUCCUCCUAGGUGACAUGGAAAUUAUCCAGUGGGCAAAGCAACAAGUUAGUGCAAUGGAAGGACAAGAAGUGGAAGGGGAAUCUUUUCCUUCUAAUAUUCAAUCCCAUCUUAACCUUGCUUUGCUAGAUUUGGAGGAUGAUUCACUUUCUAUUAGCAGCACUGAGCAAAGCAUCUCAUUAGAGGAUUAUUUGCAAGGGAGAUGGAGCCGCUCAUCAAGCUUUGCCUAACCAGACUUCCAGUGAAAUUCAACCAUCAUCCAAGUGACGAAAUGGUUUCGGUUUGCAUGAUUCUUUGUAUAUUCCUUACUUUUAGUUUGUCUUUCUACCUUUUUGUAUGUUGUUGGUUGUUUCUGAUUUUUGUUAGGUUUCUUAAACCUGGGUCUUGGAAGAGAGGGUGUUUGCAAGAGGGUUUGCCCUCCUCCUUGCCAAAGUAGUUGUUUAUCAUUCCAUGUUCCAUGGAAGUGGUUUUUGUUGUCAAACUUGUGUCUGAGUAGCUGAAAUUCUAUAACAGAGUAGUCUGUAGACAUGAGCAUUAUGAACUCAUUGCUCUCCAUCAACUCUUAACCCAAAUAUGAUGAAUUUAACUGCAGUAGAUCGACCUUUCUUUGGAUUAAA